ACAUCUAGGAAGGGUUGAGGGUGAGUAAAUCAUGGGAUCUUUUUCAUCUUUGGAGGAACUAUCCCUUUAAAGACACAGAGAAAACAGAGAAAAUGAUUGCAUGCAAGGUCUGAGGUAAAAUAGUUUUUCGCUUCAUGUACAAUCUUCAAAAUAUAUAUAGAUUUUUUUUCAUAAAUGUAGCAUUAACAUGACAGUAAUUUGACAGUAAACUGUCAAACAAGCAGUAUUUCCAAUGUUGACUAGCAGUAGCAGUAUCGUUUAUCGACUAGUCUCGCACAUCUCUCAUGAAAACAUGAUUAAAAAUGCAGAAAAAAAUAAUGGUCCUGAUGAUAAUUUCCAAAGUAAUGGUAGACUUAGUAUUUAUACAAAUUUUAUACUCUUUGAAUAGUCAUGAACUCUACAGUGAAACGACUUUAAAAAAUAAAUUAAUUCUAAAUUGUUUUAUCUUUGUCUAUUCAGCAUGUUUUUUUUCCUAACACAUUUUGAAAAUUUAUACUGAUUUGUUGUUUUUACAGAUAUUUAUACAUUUUCAAAGUGUGUUACACAGAAACAUUUUCGAUUUCUCUAAAUAAAAAAAUCUGCAGCGGUAUGUAAACAUUUGAGGAAAGGAAUAUGUAUAUUAUGAGCAGUUUCAUAAUAUCAACUUUUUUUUUUUUUUGAAUGAGGCUGGUUUCAUAGUAGCCUCUCAUAUCAGCACCUGAUGAGGGCAGCAGAGCCCUUGAGGAAAAGAGUGAGAAGCAGAUGUUGUAAUUGUCCAUGAAAUUAAAGGGUUUGGUUUGUAUUACACCUUUAUGAUUUAUCGUUUCUGAUCUUGUUUUUCAUUUCUCCCCCCCCCCCCCAACACUUCUCAUGGAUGAAUUCUUGACCGCACGGUCAAAGCGAGCGUUCCCUGGUACUCUGACUGGAAAGAAACACUCACCCAGCUGAGCUCAUCCAAGUACUUCACAGCCACAACACCAUGGUUUGAGACCUACCGCGAGAACUUCCUGCAGUCCAUGCCGGCAUCAGAGCACGAGUUCCUUAACCACUACCUGGCCUGUAUGUUGGUGGUGUCAUCCCAUGAGGCGGUGCCGACAGAGCAGUUUCUCAAGCUGUCCCAAGAACAGCACCGAAUUCAGCACAGUGGAGAAUACACCCACCCCAAAUGGUUCAUCCCCAACACGCUCAAAUAUUACGUCCUACUUCACGAUAUUAGUGACGGAGACGAGCAGAGGGCGGACUCUGUGUACGAGGAUAUGAAACAGCGGUAUGGUACUCAGGGCUGCUAUCUGCUCAAGAUAAACUCUCGGAGCGGUAGCACUGGUGCGGACGAACAGAUGCCGGACCCCUGGAGUCAGUACUUACACAAGACCAGCAUGCACAACCCUGAGCUGUAUGAAGAAUCCGCUGUGAAUAAUGCGAUUGAAAACAACAUCGGUGCAGAGGAAGAUGGUCUUGAUCCUUCAGUUAGAGACGGCAUCUCAGGGACUCAUCCUCUGCAGCUGGACCAGUCACCUGAUGCCGGUUACCCCAGCAACAGCGCCAGUCAGUCUGUAAACAGCGUGGAUGUGAUGAAACCUCAAAAACAGGCCAGCGUGACCUCUCACACCCCUCCGACCCCUCGUGGAACCUGCCUGACCCUAAAUGACCAUGACCACAUCCGGCAGUUUAUUCAGGAGUUCACCUUCAGGGGAUUACUGCCGCACAUCGAGAAAAACAUACGCCAACUAAAUGACCAGCUUGUCUCAAGAAAAGGUCUGAGCCGAUCUCUUUUCUCCGCCACUAAGAAGUUGUUUGGUGGAGGGAAGGUCCCAGAGAAGAGUAUUGCUGAACUAAAGAACACUGCAGGGCUGCUCUAUCCCUCUGAGGCUCCAGAGCUUCAGAUCAGGAAGAUGGCUGACCUCUGCUUUUUAGUACAGCACUAUGAGCUGGCCUACAACUGCUACCACACUGCCAAGAAGGACUUCCUCUCCGACCAGGCCAUGCUGUAUGCCGCGGGAGCACUGGAGAUGGCUGCUGUCGCUGCCUUUCUGCAAAGCGGGGCAGCCAGGCCGUACCCAGCACACUACAUGGACACGGCCAUUCAGACCUACAGAGAUGGGUGCAAAAACAUGCUUUUGGCUGAGCGGUGUUGUCUUUUAAGUGCUGAGAUUUUGAAGAGUCAGGCCAAAUACUCAGAUGCUGCCACACUUCUGAUCAAGAUGACCAGUGAGGUCAAUCAUAUAUUCAUGGGGGAAAAAAUCAGUUUGAAUGAGGACUCUGACCUGCGAAGUGCAAUCCUAUUGGAGCAGGCGGCUCACUGCUUCAUUAAUAUGCGCAGCCCCAUGGUGAGGAAGUUUGCCUUCCACAUGAUACUGGCUGGUCAUCGUUUCAGCAAAGCUGGACAGAAGAGACAUGCACUGAGGUGCUACUGCCAGGCUUUGCAGGUGUAUAAAGGUAAAGGUUGGACACUGGCUGAAGAUCACAUCAACUUCACCAUUGGUCGGCAGUCCUUCACUCUGCGGCAGCCGGAAAACGCAGUGGCCGCCUUCCGACACAUUCUCAUCAACGACAGCAAACAGUCGGCUGUACAGCAGGCUGCUUUCCUCAGGGAAUACCUCUAUGUGUACAAGAGCAUGAGUCAGUUGACCGGUGAGAGCUCCCUCCCGCAGCUGCCCCUGCCCUGCCUGCACAGCUCACAAACACGCGUCUUCUUCGGCCAUGAACGUAGACUCGCUGAAGGCGAGAAACAGGCCGCAACACAUGUCUCAUUGGACCAGGAGUUUGACCGUGAUCUUUCCCAACUGUGGAGGGAGUUGGAGGAGCAGGUUGUCGCCGUGGCGAACAGAGGGACGGUGCCCAUCACCUUCCAGCCCACCCAAUGCUGCUUAAACAGCCAGACAGACAACCUCAGAUACCCCCUCGCUGUGGUAGAGGAACCCAUCAUUGUGGAGGUGGUUUUCCGUAACCCCUUGAAGGUUCCCUUGGCUCUGUCGGCUCUGUCUCUGGUGUGGAAGUUUACUCUGAAAGACUUCUCAGACCCUCAGGGAGGCACGACUGGAGAAACCAUCACCAAUGAGAAAGAGGCAGCGUCUUUGAAAGAAACCACGGCCCUCAAUGACAUCAUUGAUACGCAAGUCAUUCCAGAGUUCACCAUAAGUCCAGAGGAGACCAAAGUGGCUCGUUUGAAGCUGCUUCCUCGUAAGACAGGAGAGUUGCAUGUUCUUGGUGUGGUGUACAACCUGGACACUGGAGAAGUGGGCAACAGUGAAGGCUCACUGGCCGGUGAUCUGAUGUGUGUGCGUGGACAGCAGAAUCUGGAGAUCCAGGGGCCCAGACUCAAUGUGACCAAAGAAGAAAAGACUUCCGUCAGAUAUGGACCAGACCGCCGCCUGGACCCCAUUAUCACCCCUCCGAUGCCCUUACUGGAGGUGUUUUUCAUUAACUUCCCUACUGGUUUAUUGUGUGGCGAGAUCCGAAAAGCGUGGGUGGAGUUUGUGAACGUGAGUGCGGUCCCUCUCACCGGUCUUCGGGUGGCAUCCACACACCCAGAGUUCUUCACGUUUGGGAGUGCCACCUCCGACCUCACCCCAGUGACCCCCACAGCAGCAGAGCACUGCUCCGCCUACAAGACUGUGUCCAUGCCCCCGUCAGCGGCCACCGUGACGCUCGUGUCACCAGCAGUGUUCGGGGUCACCAGCGGUGACCGGCCGGUGGUGGCAGAGAUUCCCCUGACACGAGGUGUGUUGGGACCAGGGGAGGCGUUACAGAUCCCACUGUGGCUUAGGGGGCCUGACCGAGAGGGUGUCCAUGAAAUCAACUUCCUGUUUUACUAUGAGAGUAUAGAGAAGACUGCCAAACUCAGUCACAGGGUCCUUCGGCACACAGCUUUCAUCUGCGCAAGUCGCUCUCUCAGCGUCAGAGCCACGGUCAGCCGCAGCAACACGCUGCAUGGCAGAGAGAGAGAGACAGAGGAGGGCAGAGGAAGGGAGGAGAAGAACGGCAGCAUGCUGGUCUUUGUAGACGUGGAGAACAUUAACACGAGUGAAGCAGGUGUUCGUGAGUUCCACAUUGUUCAGGUGUCCAGCAGCAGUCGGCAAUGGAGGCUACACAAGUGCAUCAACCCUGUGGGAGAUAAAGACUCUAAGCUGGCCAGCAGGGAGAGGGGCAAGCUGUGCUUCAAAGCCACCAGAUGCAGAACAGAGGAUGCUACUUCAGAUGCAGCAGAAAAAUACACCUUUGCCGACCUCAACCUUGGCAAUGAACAAAUUGUCAGCUCUACCACUCCAUGUGCUGAUUUUUUCUUCCGGAGGAGUCUGCCUGCUGAACCCAGGAGAGGAGGCGUGUCCGCUGGCGGUGCUAGUCAAAUGCAGAGACACAACCUCCCGCCUCAGAGCGGGAUUGAUGAGAAUGUUACAAACAUCAUCAGAAAAUGCAGCGAAGUAGAGCUUGACAUCAUCGUCCUUUGGAAGGCAUAUGUUGUGGAGGAUAACAAGCAGCUCAUUUUAGAGGGGCAGCUUCAUGUUGCACUGCAAACCAUUGGCAAAGAGGCCUGCUCGCUCUCACAGAAAGAGGAAACUCAGGAGAUGGUGCUUUUGAAGUUCAAGCCUGACAUUCCACCUCCUGUAAGCAAGCCCUCGCUGGAACAGCUUUCCCACCUCAUAAAGACCUGCCUCCACUACCCAGAGUCUUAUGAUCAUCCCUUCCCACAAAAGAGUUUAUGUAUGGUACCAGUCACCCUGACGUUGUCCAACUGUUCCUUGGCUCAGGUAGACGUCAUCAUUGAUCUGCGGCAUAAAACGACCAGCCCGGAGUCUCUGGAAGUGCAUGGUUCUUUUAGCUGGCUGGGCCAGACUCAAUAUAAGUUGCAACUCCAAGCGCAAGAGGUGUACACGCUUUCCUUGAAAGCCUGUUUCUUCCAGGCUGGAGUUUAUAAUUUGGGCACACCUCGUGUUUUCGCCAAGUUGGCACAGACCAGCGCUAUGUGUGAGACCAGCCAGCAGAGCGCCAUGCCUGCGCUUAUUAUCAUCAACAGCGUUUGAGUAACUCCGUGACGUUGACCUGUUCUCAGCCCACCUAAAUAAAUGAAACGGACCGGAGUCCAAGAUUUUUCUACUUCUUGCUUAAGCAAAAUCUAAUUGAGAGAGAGAUAAGUAAUUAAAAAGACUUGAACACAAAUAUUUCAACUUAACACUGCAUCUGAUGUGCUUGCCAUGGUGAGCUAAACACAAACAGACUCUAGAUGUUUUGUCUUAAAUGCACCUGAAGCGUGACUGGAUCCCAUGUUAAUUUAUCUCUCCUGUCAGACGUAUUUUUUUUUUUUUUGACGAUUUUUGCUUGUUUUAUGAAAUAUUUUUGUUUUUAGAACUACAUUUUUUUUUUUCAAGAUCCCAAACAUGUGGUAAUGUAAAUGGCUAUGCAUCUCUGCCUCAUUCUGCCCUGCUGGCUAUCUCACGGUUGUCCACUGCGAUCUGUUGCCACAGUAACAUAAAAACAUCUCCAGUGCUAUCGUAAAACCAGAAGAUGAAACACUGUAACCCGAUGAGCUGCGGUUGAGAACGUUGCAGCUGCUGAAAGGAUGGCGUAUUCUGCCUUAUUCAGCCAGGCUGCAACUUAACAUCACCUUACGAGAAGCUAGUGUGAUUGGUGAAGUCCAAACGAGGAGCCAUCUUAAUGUUCGUAACCCAGUGAGGAAUCGGCAGGAUCCUUGUUGCCCAGUCAAACGGCAGAGACUUUUAAGGACCUGUAAGAGGAUAAAAGUCACAGUUUGAGAGCAUAUUUUUGUUUGUGCAUCUUUGUGUGGGUGGGCUGUGCUGUUUUCUCUGGAAAUUUUUAAUUUUCUACAAACCAAUCGUCCUCUCCCACCACCUCAGCUCUCAUUGUCAUCUCCACUACUAUGAUCAAACUGUUAUUUAAAUGUAUCUACAUGACUGCUUUUCUGAAAAACAAAAAAAUGAUGUAUUAUAUUUAUAACAAAUUACUGUAUAUAGAAUAAAAUGUAACCAAUAACCAAGAAA